CGUGUACUAAAAUAAUUCGCAGUUUGGUACAAUUCGUUGGUUGGUGAAUAUACAGAUCGUGUCGUGUGUUAAGCUUUGUCUACAAGUUCUUCAAAUAAUAAAUUUAUUUAAUUGUGUUGUACUGAUUAAGCAAAGGUUCGUGCAAUUGUUGAAGACAUUUAUAGAAAAAGAACUUUGAAUAGAUAAUUUUUACGUAAGAUAUUAUCGGGGAAUACACAACAAACUAGUGAAAACUGAAAAUCGGCAAAUGCAACGAGUCAACUGUCAUUGCAGCGAUACAGUUUUCACUCGUUCAUUAUUGAGGCUUGUGCGAAAUGCACUAUCGCGUCAUUUAUGUACUAAAAUGUAGAUGAAGAAGAAGCAGCGAAAGCAAAAAGAAUUGCCGUGUUCUCCACCAUUUUCCGCCAUUUUGAAAGCUACGAGUGUAAAUUUUUUGAUUCGUCAGGCUACGCGUUGGUUAUAGAUAUUUGCAAAAAUUUCUUUAUUGAUUCAUAAAUAAUUAAGGAAAAGAGUGGAUUUUUUUCGUUUAAGAUCUGAGCGAGUGUUUGUGAAUAAAAAAAAAUAGUUAAAGAUCCGUGAUUUGCUCGAUUUAUUCGAGAAAAAAUUUAUGUUCUGUACAAGCGGAAAGGGCUAACCACAAAAUAGCAAGCCUAAAACAAGUGAACGAGUAGCAACAAAAUCCACGGUCUGCCGCCGCGGCCGAAAAACUUGAAAAGGCAAAACUUGCAGAAUACAAAUCUUAAUAUAUAUAUUGCUUUAUAUAAAACAAAAUAUAAUUGACGUGUAAAUCACUAAGGAGAAAGAAAAUAUAUUAAGUUUUAUCUGGCAGACAUUCAUCAUAGUUCAAUUUCCAGACCUUGUCACCAUCGCAAAACAUAUUUAAGUCGGUCAAUACGUACAUAUUGAAUACUCUGACGAAUAUUGAAUAUUCGGCAUACGUGAAUUUUGACUCAAAAAUUGCGAGUUUGUUUGUGUUAAUAUGGACAAUUCAACAUGAAGGAACUCAAGAAGCGACUAUCUAUGAAGGUCACACAUUAUUUGUAAUAAAUUGUAAACGCUGUGUCAGUUGAAAUAUAUGAAAAGUGAAAGAAAUACAUGCGCUAAAAAAUCGUCAACGCUUGUCUAGCUGAGGAAAACUAAGAAAUUGCAAUUCAUCACAUUUCUUUUUUAAGGUCAAAGUUUUCUUUAUUAUUAUUUAUAGCUGAGGAAGAUUGUAUAGAAGAAAAUUGGUAAAUUAAAAAAAAAAAAACUAAAUAUACAUAUAUAUACGAUUACCACAAAGUGACAACGUAAGCAUACAAAGAAAAAAUCGGUACAAAACAUAAUGGAUAAAAAUAUGAUGUUGCCGAAGCGUUCACGCCUAGACGUGAAGGGUACAUUUGCAAAUGGGCCAUUGCAGGCACGUCCACUGGUGGCGCUGCUUGAUGGACGCGAUUGUUCAAUUGAAAUGCCCAUACUAAAAGAUGUGGCCACUGUGGCCUUCUGCGACGCACAAAGUACAUCUGAGAUUCAUGAAAAGGUUCUAAAUGAAGCCGUUGGCGCACUUAUGUGGCAUACUAUAAUCCUCACAAAGGAGGAUUUGGAAAAAUUCAAAGCUUUACGUAUCAUAGUGCGAAUUGGUAGCGGCACUGAUAAUAUCGAUGUGAAAGCAGCGGGCGAGCUCGGUAUUGCCGUAUGCAAUGUACCCGGCUAUGGUGUUGAAGAAGUUGCAGACACAACAAUGUGUUUGAUAUUGAAUUUGUAUCGAAGAACCUAUUGGUUGGCGAAUAUGGUGCGCGAAGGCAAAAAAUUUACUGGUCCCGAACAAGUUCGGGAAGCUGCACAUGGUUGCGCUAGAAUUCGAGGUGAUACAUUGGGUCUCGUUGGUCUGGGCCGUAUUGGUAGUGCUGUUGCAUUGCGAGCAAAAGCUUUUGGCUUUAAUGUUAUAUUUUACGAUCCUUAUCUUCCGGAUGGUAUCGACAAAUCCCUAGGCUUGACUCGUGUUUAUACCCUACAAGAUUUACUAUUUCAAUCGGAUUGUGUGUCGUUACAUUGCACACUCAACGAGCAUAACCAUCACUUAAUUAAUGAAUUCACAAUUAAACAGAUGCGACCUGGUGCAUUUUUAGUAAACACAGCACGUGGCGGUCUGGUCGAUGACGAGACCUUGGCACUGGCUCUGAAACAAGGCAGAAUAAGAGCUGCAGCUUUAGAUGUGCACGAAAACGAGCCCUACAAUGUAUUCCAAGGAGCCCUUAAGGAUGCUCCAAAUCUUAUAUGUACACCACAUGCAGCCUUCUUCAGCGAUGCAUCCGCAACAGAGUUGCGCGAAAUGGCAGCAACGGAGAUACGACGGGCAAUAGUCGGCAAUAUUCCAGACGUCUUAAGGAAUUGUGUUAAUAAGGAAUAUUUCUUGCGAACACCAGCAGCAGCCGCUGCUGCUGCGGCUGCGGCAGUGUAUUCAGAAGGAGUUGGUCACAAACGAAAUGUUUUAUAACAUACAAGAAAUUUGCUUGUGACUUUUUUACUUCUAAAUGAAUAACAAAAUCAAGCAAAUAUUAAAUAAUUAAAAAGGACUGCUCAUUCAAAAAUGAAGAAAAUAUUAGAUGGGCUUUAACUGAAAUUUUGAGCGCAACAUAAUAAUAAUGCAGAAGUAAAUGCAAUAAGAGGUCCGUUAAAUGCUAUUGAAAUUUGUGUGUGUUAACGAAUGUUAUUUGUAAGAGUGGGUCUUAUUCAUAAUUGUAAAAUAAACAUGUCGUAUAUAAACCAUACAUAAAAGUAGAUAUGCUUUAUUUAUAUAAUUUUUUUUUAACAUCUAAAUAUCUGUGCAUAUAAGGACUAAAUAUAACAUCAUAUGUAUAUGUUAUCUAAGAAAAAAUUGAAGAAAAUAAAAAACCAGAAAGAAAAAAUUUACUGACUUUCAAAAACAAAUAAAAAUUCACAGUAGUUACAACAAUAAACUGACGUAUAUGUAUUUAUUUAAACUCAAGCAAUGAUUUAAGAUAAAAUACAUGCAAUUACAUUUAUUUAUUUAUUUGUAUAUUGUGUUUGCUAAAUCAUAAAGAAGUUGGUUUGGAACAAUAACAAUGAAAAUUUGCUCUUUUAAAUGAUCUCAUCAUCCUUUUUUAUUUCGACUACUUUCCUCUAUAUAAAUUUAAUGGUACAAAUAUGUAUAAAUACAUAUAUAAAUAUAUAUUUGUUUUGCAAUUCAGCAUAUUGUCCAAAAAUUUUGCUCUAAAUCGAAGUUUAAAUUACACUCUAUAGAAAAAGAGAAAUGUUAAUGGGCAAGAAUUACAACCAAACCGUUAUUAAAACUGUGUUAUGUAGCUGAUAUUUUCAUGAAAGAAAUAAACUGAAAGAAAUAUAUGUAUAAAAAUGGCGCAGGAUAAGAAAUGGGCAUCCAAAAACCUCAAGUUAUGAUGAACUUGAAGGAAGAUGAGAGAAAAAUACAUAAAAAAGAAACAUUUGAACAUCUAACAAACUUAAAAUAUGUUUAUAUAGAUUAUGUAUAUUUAAAAUAUCUUAAAUUUAAUAAUAAUAAUUUAGAAGUACGAGUAUAUAUAAGUAUAUACGAGUAUAUAUUAAAGUAAAUAAUAAAUACAUAUAUAAAAACACCGAUUUAUAAGUUCAAUAACAAAAAAAGUUAGUAUGUAGUUUUAUGAUUACAAUUAAUAAUAAUUACAAUAAUUUUCGUGUGAAAAUAUAUGUUUACAUUACGUUUGCAUUACGUUUGCAUUUGUCGUCAAUCACUGUUCCAAACUUUAAUGGUGAGAAAAUGCUGUUGGGAAAGUGUAAUAGAACUAAAAGAAAAAUCCAAGGAAUUAUUAAAGAAAUAUAUGCCACUUUCCAACUGUCAUACAGAGUGCUUGUGCACUUUCCAACACUGUAAACGCACUGUUCAUUAGUAUGAAUACACAAAGAAAGAAAUAAAAAGAAGAAAAAAUAUUCAUAUUAAAACUCUUAAA